AUGCACGUCCCAAUUGCGUGGAUGAGCCUUACAGGCCUCAUUCUCGUCCCCCAUACUUCCGCGAGGUCAGCACCUUCCUGGGAAGAUGCUUCCGAACAAGCCCGUCGCUUUGUAGCCCAGCUCAAUAUGACUGAGAAGAUUGGCAUCGCUACAGGCGGUUAUCGCUUGAAUGGGCCUGCUUGCGUUGGCACCAUCGGCAAAGUCGAGAGGCUAGGAUUUAAGGGAAUCUGCUUUUCUGACGGUCCUUCUGGAUAUGCCAGGUCCGACGGUUCCAGCGUCUUCUCUUCUGGCCUGACUGCAGCUGCUAGUUGGGACAAGCGUCUCAUCUAUGAACGUGCCGUUGCCAUUGGAGAAGAGUUUAGGGCAAAAGGUUCUCACGUACAUCUUGGACCAUCCUGUGGUCCUAUGGGCCGUAGCGCCCUUGGCGGACGAAACUGGGAGGGCUUUGGCCCCGACCCUUACCUCUCUGGUGUCGCCAUGCACGCUUCCGUCUCUGGCAUCCAAUCUGCCGGUGUACAAGCGUCCUCCAAGCACUUCAUUGGCAACAAGCAAGAAACCCACCGCACCGCUGUUACUAACCCGGACGGAACCGUCGUCGAGGCUCUGAGCUCCAACAUUGAUGAACGCACUCUUCAUGAACUGUACCUCUGGCCUUUUGCCGACGCUGUCAAAGCCGGCACUGCCAGUGUCAUGUGUUCCUACAACCGGGUUAACCAGACCUAUUCCUGCGCGAACCAACACUUGCUCUCGCUGCUGAAGGACGAGCUCGCGUUUCCGGGCUACGUCGUUUCCGACUGGUUCGCAACACACGGCACAACCGACUUCGCCAACGCAGGGCUCGACCUGGAGAUGCCAGGACCUGUCAGCAAAGAGUAUGGCGCCUCGUAUUUCGGCGAUGAUCUUCUGGACGCAAUCGGCGAUGACAACGUGACGGAAAGUCGACUCACUGACAUGGCCGAGAGAGUUCUGAGGCCGUACUUCCUUCUGGGUCAGGACAAGGGUUUCCCUACUCUAGAUCCUGCUUCCAAUGCUGCCCUUGGCGUCAACCAAUUUGGUUACAAAAAUCCCCCGUUCCCAAUUACACCUAUCCCUGCCCGCGAUGUUCGAGGCGAUCACGCCAAGAUUAUUCGAAAACUAGGUGCCGCUGCCACUGCUGCUCAAGAACGUCAAUGGCACCUUGCCCUUGAAGAAGCAAGCCGAUAUCGGUGUAACGCGUCCAUUUCCUAUGAGAUGGGCACUCUUGACCAGGGUGGCGGCUCUGGCAUAGUCCGCCACACCGACCUCAUCGCCCCGCUGGACGCCAUUCGAGAACGUGUGCGGAAACAAAAAGGUGGCCGGGUACAGAUCCUUCUCGACCACAAGGAAAUCAUCGCGGGCAAGUUCAGGUCCAUUUACCCCAUCCCUGAUGUCUGUCUGGUCUUUCUCAAGGCAUUUGCGGCAGAAGGCCAGGAUAGACAGACACUUGACCUUGAUUGGAAUGCUACCAAGGUCGUCGAGAGUGUAGCCUCGUUGUGUUCUAAUACUGUUGUUGUCGUCAACGGUCCGGGUAUUGUUUUAAUGCCCUGGGCCGACAACGAGAACGUGACUGCUAUUCUUUCGGCCCAUUACCCUGGCGAGGAGAUCGGUAACUCCAUCGUGGAUGUUCUCUGGGGCGAUACGGAGCCCGCUGGCCGUUUGCCAUAUACCAUUCCCAAGAAGCUAAGCGAUUACGGUGCACCUAUCUACAACCUAACUAAGCCCGCCACCAGCCCUGAUGCAUGGUCAGUUGAUUACACUGAAGGUCAACUCAUCGAUUACCGACACUUUGACGCCAAGAACAUCGAGUCUCAGUAUGAGUUCGGGUUCGGCUUGUCAUACACCACCUUUGAGAUGUCAAAAAAGCUCACCGUUGACAUGGCCACCGGCAUCAAAGCUCAAGUGGAUGAGUCCAAGGGCAAGGCACCUGGAGGAUGGGUUGAUCUCUGGGCGCAGGCAGCUACCGUAACUGUCAAGGUGCACAACACUGGCAAACGGGACGGAUACGCAGUGCCUCAGUUGUAUGUUUCGUUCCCGCAAGACACAACGCCAUCUGGCACCCCAGUGCGGGUUCUGAGGGGUUUCGAAAAGGUGCACGUCAAGGCUGGAGAGACUAAGAAGGUUGUUCUUCCUCUCCAGAGAAGGGAUCUUAGCUUCUGGGAUGAAGCUGCUCGUCAGUGGGUUAUCCCCAAGGGGACCUUUACUUUUGCUGAUGGAUUCAGCUCGCGUGACCUACGUGCUAAGACUAAGAUGCCUGUGUUGGGUUAA